AGCAACGUUUCAGGAACCUGCACAACCUGAAACAAUAAGAUAGUUUUAAGACGCCCUAGCACCUUUUUUUUAUUGGUCAGUUUGCUUUUUCAGUAGUUCUAUAACCCGCGUGGUUGGCUUAAUUUGUCUUUACUCACUCGAAGUCAGCUGUCACCAACGCUUUUGGACAAAACCGAAUGAUACUAACUAGCUUUGAGUUGAACUGGAAGAAGCAGCUGGAGUCUGAAUUCUCAGCCAAAACCGAAAUAAAUGUAAUGUUAGUGCCCCUUUUCUACAUUUAUUGUUUUUGACCAAACAUAUCACACUGGAGAGGAUUACAAAAAAAACGGCAUUAUUUGCUUGUGCCAAUGAAGGAUUCGCUCUAUCAACAGAGGAACACACACAUUCAUUGAGGAGGGGACACUUUGCUAUAUUGUUCAGGCUAGCCAGCUAGCGGUGUGUUUUUGUGUUAGCUCCUCAGGCUAUAUGGCUACGAAUUUUGAACCCAUACAUGGCCUCUCCGAAGAUGAAAAUGAAACCAGAGUUCUCCGUGUCAAGGUUGUGGCAGGCAUUGAUCUGGCAAAGAAAGACAUUAUCGGAGCCAGUGAUCCCUAUGUCAAGCUGUCGCUCUACGUUGCGGAUGAGAACAGAGAGCUUGCCUUAGUCCAGACUAAAACCAUUAAAAAGAACCCAGUUAGAGGGAGGAUGAGGACCAGCUAGAGACGGCCCCAGAACACUACUGUAGUCUGACGUGAACACCUAUCCCCAAUAUUAAUAAGGCUAUGUGGGUGAACUCCCUUACCACCAGAGGGAGCUGUUUCAUACAGUUCAGCAUAUCAAGACUCUAAAUCCCAAAUG